AUUUCUUUUACUGGUUCUACAGCUGUUGGCAAGCUCUUACAACAACAGUGUGCUUCCACCAUGAAAAAAACUUCCAUGGAAUUAGGAGGUAAUGCACCUUUAAUUGUGUUUGACAGUGCGGAUGUAGAUUUAGCUGUUAAAGGAACAAUGGCAGCUAAAUUUAGAUGUGGUGGCCAGACGUGUGUUUGUCCCAACAGACUGCUAGUACAAGCUGGUAUUUAUGAUAAAUUUGUUGAUAAACUAACAGAAACAGUAAACAGAGAUAUGGUGGUCGGGGAUGGUUUUAACAAUAAAACAACGAUAGGUCCAUUAAUUAACAGUCGAGCUGUAGAUAAGGUAAAAAGUUUAGUUGACGACGCUGUUAAAAGUGGAGCGAAAGUUUUAACUGGUGGUGAAAGAUCUGACAAGGGAAGUAACUUCUAUCAACCGACAGUUAUCGGUAAUGUGUCAAAUGAAAUGAGAUGUGUACAAGAAGAAAUAUUCGGUCCUGUAGCACCAAUAAUGAAGUGA